CAACUUAAUCUGAUGGUGCAUACCACUUGUAGAACACGAACGCCUUCGCAUCACUGAAUCAACUCCUCACAAUAACGACGAAGCGCACUUCUGUUCACUGCGUAUCCUAGCAUCACCCAUAACAACUCUUUUUGUAUCCUCCACACGACCACCACUCCUCUGUUCAACUUUAAAUACCGGGGUUUAGGGUUUUGUUGGUUUUGUCUCUCUGCUCUCGUGUUGUCUGUUUGUGUUCGUGGUGAAGAAAGGAGAGGCAGGAGUGGAGAGAGAGAGAGAGAGAGAGAGAAUGGUGAACCUAAGGUGCUACUUCGACAUAAGCAUUGGAGGAGAGCUGGAAGGGAGGAUCGUUAUAGAGCUUUACAAAGAUGUUGUCCCAAUAACCGCCGAAAACUUCAGGGCUCUCUGUACCGGAGAGAAGGGCAUUGGUCCCAACACCGGUGUUCCCCUCCAUUUUAAGGGCUCCUGUUUUCAUCGCAUUAUCAAAGGCUUUAUGAUACAAGGUGGUGAUGUAUCUGCUAGGAAUGGCACUGGUGGAGAAUCUAUUUAUGGCUUGAAAUUUGAAGAUGAAAAUUUUGAGUUGAAACAUGAAAGAAAGGGAAUGUUAUCGAUGGCUAAUUCUGGUCCAAAUACCAAUGGUUCUCAGUUUUUUAUCACCACAACCCGAACUCCGCAUCUGGAUGGAAAGCAUGUUGUAUUUGGCAAGGUAAUUAAAGGAAUGGGGGUGGUUCGUUCAAUAGAGCAUGUUCCUACAGGAGACAAUGAUUUGCCCACUCUUGAUAUUAUAAUAGAGGAUUGUGGAGAAAUUCCUGAGGGUGCAGAUGAUGGGAUAUCUAACUUCUUCAAUGAUGGUGACACUUUUCCUGAUUGGCCAGCUGACCUUAACGUGAAACCGGAUGAAAUUUCUUGGUGGAUGAAUGCUGUGGACUCUAUCAAAGCUUUUGGAAAUGAACAAUACAAGAAGCAAGAGUAUAGAAUGGCCCUCAGAAAAUAUCGAAAGGCUCUGCUCUACUUGGAUAUAUGCUGGGAGAACGAAGACAUUGAUGAAGAGAAAAGUCAAUCUUUGAGGAAGACAAAGUCUCAGAUAUUUACAAAUAGUUCUGCCUGCAAACUGAAGUUGGGGGAUUUAAAAGGAGCAUUGCUGGACUCAGACUUCGCUAUUCGUGAUCUAGAAGAUAAUGCAAAAGCUUUCUUUCGUCAAGGCCAGGCAUAUAUGGCACUUAAUGAUAUAGAUGCUUCAGUUGAAAGUUUCAAGAAAGCAUUAGUAUUGGAACCAAAUGAUGGUGGCAUAAAGAAAGAGCUCGCUGCAGCAAAGAAGAAGGCUAGUGACUUUUCUUUAUAUGAUUCUUUGAUUGCACAUGUAGACUUUUUUUCCAAACUCUCUGUGUAUGUGAUUAAUAGUUACAAUCAUCUGCAGAUUGCUGAUAGACGUGAUCAGGAGAAAAAGGCUUACUCAAGAAUGUUCCAGUAA